CCCGCGGGUGUGUCCGGCGGGCCCGGGGGCGGGCAGAGGGGCGGGAGAAGCCCCCGCUCGUACAAAAGCCCCGCGGGCCGGGCGGGUGUCCCGCGGGCCGGCAGCCAUGGCCGUGUCCGUGCGCAAGGCCGUGGGCAAGCGGCGCAGCAGCGACUCGGGACUGGGGCCGGAGCGCGAGACCGUGUGCCGGGAGAAGAAGGAGCAGCGCUUCGCGCUCUUCCUCAGAGACUUCGACCAGCAGGCCAAGGAACACAUCCAGGAGAUGAAGGAGGAGCUCAGCUCGCUCUUGCAAACCGCUGAGAAGGCGUUUGCAGUGGAGCUGCUGAAGAUGCCGGUUGCCAUCAGGAACAUGAGAAGGAGAGAUUUCCUGAGUCUGGAAGGAGGGGAGGAAGUGGCUCUUGCUGCUGUGGUGGCUGACUGCUCUCUGGAAGACAUACCCAAUCCAAAACUGGUGAGGACCAACAGCAGAAAAGUUAAGGUAACUACAAUUGUUCAAUAUGAAGAUGCCAAGCAUACGCCUGCAAAGAAAAUGUCUAAAAAAGUUUCCAAAACGAAGUCGUUGGUUUCAUUGGCCUCUGGUUUCAGUGGCAAAACGACCCCUCUUUCUAGGUCUGGUCUCUCUUCCACAGCUACGACUGACACCAUGAAGUCUCUUGCUUCCAAUUGUGGCGCCACAAAUUUCAAAACCAUGGCAAAGGUAUCUAAAAGUGCUGGAUUACACCCCGGUGUCUGCAGAACAGAACCCGGUCGUGGCAGAGUUCAUGGCAUGGUACUGAGGAGUAAAUCAGCACCCCAGGAUAAAACUGUUCCGUUUGUAAACAUUCCCCUGGCUGAUGGACAGACACUCUGUACGGCUGGUGGAGACCUCCAUAAUAUUGAUGUGCAACUGCUAAGACAAGACACAAUACAGCGUAUUCAGAACUUAGUGGUUUCGGAGUCUAGGACAAGACGUUCAGCAACACUGAAACGCCUCACUGGGAAAGCAGCAACAACUGUCUCAGCAAUAAUUAAACAACUCACACUACAGAUUUGUGAAGGAAAGCAGAGGCACCUUCCAACCUCCUCAGUGGGGAGAAGCAGCUCAGCAGCCCAUUUAACAAAGUGCUUCAACAACUCACUGCACCUAAUCCUUAUUUGAGGUCACAGUUUUGCUUUGUUGUGGUAUUUUUACAUCAAGAGGAACAGAACUGAAGCUGGGGAACUCAGUGUCUCCAUAGUUAAAACAAAGUGCAACUACUGGAAAAGUCACAAAACCAUCUACAUUUAGUAUGCUUCCAGAUUCUACAUUUUUUUUGUCACAUACGAUACUGAUCUCUUGUUAAAUCAACCAUAAUGUUUAUUUUUACAGAGACUUUUUUCAAACUGGAAACAUUUCUCUACUAGUCAGGCUGGAUCAUGCUUCGAACUGCAUUUAAAGGCUGAGAGAAAGGCACUGUUAGUUGGGGAUUUAAUCAGCUGCAUUUAAAAGGUUUUGUGACCUUGAGUGAACUCUGAUAUCGUUAUGUUCUCUCCAUGCAAAAGGAAGUGGCUGCAGCCUUCCUCCCGCUCAUUUAGCCACAGCACAUUUCAAGACAGGACUCGUAUACAUGCGGCACAGGAUUAUCUAAGUGCAGCCUGGUCUGAGAGCACCUGCGGCCUCCCCGUAGAUAAAGCGGCCACCAGCUACACCACCUCCAUACACAGAGCAGUUAGAGGCACUGGGCGAGUAAGAGCUACAAGGCAAAAGGGAUAUAUUAUACACCAACUGCUUUUAUUUAAUUUCAGAAACCGUUCACAAGAUGGUAGAAAAAACUUACAACCACUUCUAAUUAAGUCUUCCAUUGUUCCCAGUCAGCUCUAAACCCAUUAUGUGCAAAGCCCAAUUACCAUGCAUCUAGAUGAUAGAUACAGGCUAUGAAAUUCUUUAUUCUACUUGUAGCAGCUUAUGCAGGUGCAGCCAAAUACCAAGCCUCAGGACAAGUUGUACACAAACUUUACAAUGGAGAAUUUGAAUUUAAAAGAGGAAACUUAAAAUCUACACAAAACUGGUAAAAAUCAAGCACAGAUACGAGGACAAACUUAAAACCCAUGUGAAAAGGAGUCUCGUCUUCCUUUCAAGUGCUUUAUUCUGCUACACAGUCAAAAUGAAGAUGUAAGCUUGUGGUUAGUUUAAAUUACACUCUGUAGAUACUAUAGACCAAUUUAAAAGUUACACAUACAGCAAUAGAUGUCCAUUGGUUCAUCUGGAUUACUUAUACAAUCCAGCUGGAUUGUUGAAAACAAGUCAGGCAAAAUUUUAAAGAAAAUCCUUGUGCAACUUUUUAGACAAACGUUUACUGGUGGGCACACUGUACCCCAGGUCCGUGAUGGCUGCUCUCUUCAUCGGAACUAUCGUUGUAAGCUUCACGCCUCUGGCCGCCACCAGAACCACGAGUGGUAUCAAAUUCCUGAAGAUCUACCUCUUCGGCAUCACCAAUUACAUUGGGAAAUUCUGGUCUAGCUGGGAGAAGAUCUUCAAGUUCCUGCCCCAAAAAAAGAAGCGCAUUCAGUACUGCACCUACAUCUUCAAGAGUUUCCCACAACUCCAAGACUCCCUCUCGGAGCAGGUUUGCUUUACAAGUCUACGCUGAUGCGAACCCUGCACCACUUCAAGAGCUCCAUGUCUCACCGACCCCACGUGCAAUCAGUAAAUACAGCUGUACUCUGAAAACUUAUCACACAGCAGCAGGAAGAUUCUCCCUCCUGCCCCACAUCUGCACAGCUCAAACACAGAAUGCGUAAAUUCAUAUUCCGACGGGUCUUUUCACGUUACAUGUUGCCCACAGACAACAUAAGAACAAUUGUGCUUGCAUCUAAAUGUAAGCACUGAAAGCACGCACGUAAGGUACAACGCGCACACGCUGCAUACUUACUGAAAGCUUUUCUGGGCUAAUCCAGUUAUUUUCAGGAAACUGAACAUCAAAUUUAAUGUAAAGAUCCCCCUUCUCAAAAGGAUUGCGAUACUGUGGCAUUCCUUCACCUCGAACUACGCGAACACAGCCUGUAAUUCAAAGAGAAGGAAGCUAGAGAGUGCUACUUCUGAACAAAUCUUUCUCUACACAGUUCUCUUCAUUUCUCUAGCCCAGGUUCAUUUAACAGGACAACAAGAAAGAGAUUGAGUGUUCAAGAAUCACAAAAGUGUAGUAAAAGUCAUCCUUAUCAAGUCAAGCUUACCUGGUUCAAUUACUUUUCCAGGAGGAUAUUUAACCACAAUUUGACGUCCAUCAAGGUGCUUAAAUGUGAACUGAAAUCCACACAGUGCUUCAACAAGUCCGAUCUUGUGUGUCAUAUGCAAAUCAUUCCCAUCCCGCUGGAAAACCUUAAAAAAAAAACCCCAAAUUAGUAGUUAUCUAGUCCUAUAAUGCGACCUCCACACGACUCAUCAUUAUUGUUUAGUCUUAAAAUUCAAUGUCAGAGCAACAGCCUUCAUACAAACUUGAUUCUGUUAAUUAGAAUAGCUUAAUAUUCUUGGAAAGUUUGUGCCUGAUCCAAGUGUCACCUAAGGUAAGUGACACCACGCUCUGUGCUGUGCUGCCAGGUUCCAGUUAAACCAGCAGCCUCACCGCCAGCACCUACACAAGCGGUCUAUGAGCAAACCUGCCGACAGUUCAGAGCACAAACCCCCCCGCUCUGUUUCCUGCAUUUAACAGUCACCCUGCACCGCUGCUUCGGCCACCUGAUCAACCGCAGGGCUUCGAUCGCUUAGUCCACAGCUGUCACUCGUGAUCUUCAAGCUGUAUCACUCAGGACUCUAGUCAGUAGAUGUCAGCUUGAGCCCUGGCUUAACCAGGACUCCCACCUCAAGGGCAAUUUUAAGAACACUAAAAGCUUCACAGUCUGGUUUUACUUACUAGGACACAAGGUAUUUUUCAGAAUGGUACUGUAAAACUAGAUGUAGUUCAUUAGAAGACAAAGACAGAAGUGGCAUCCACCAUCUGGAGUUUGCAGCUGUCACGCACAUCCGACUGUUCUGUUACAGCCUGUUUCUCCCUUAUCAUAGUCAAAAAUCAACUGCAAUGCUCUAUUCCAACCAGUAUUGCAGAAGAAAGAAGAUAAGAGUAUGUAAAGAGCUAUGCAAAACUAAUUGACAAAUUAGCAGUCCUUGACGCAGCUUUGAAAAGCUUACACAGUACCUCAUUUUCAGGUGACCAACAUUAUCUCCUUAACAUAUAACUGAAAUUUAAUUUUGUACCCAGUGCUAUUCUUUGUGUCAGAGCAGAACUUCCCCCCACCAUUCCAUUUAACAUUUGUUCCAGAGUACAACACAAACUAUUUCUUAUUUCAUCAGAGUAAGACUUGGUUUUUCUAAACAACAGCAUUCAAAACUCUGUCCUAAGGGAGUUUUAACAAAGAAUAUAAAUUGCAAUAUUUAAUUCAAAAGUGCAAGGUAUACACUCCAGAAUACAGUAAGCAGAAGCCUUAAACUCACGUAAAAUAAUGGUGGUUCUUUGUUUUGUUAAACGAAUCAGUACCACCAGCAUUCACAGUUAUAUUUCCACCACCACAGCAGCAGAGAUAGAAAGCACCAUCUGGCCAUUUUAAUAGGAGUUCCCUGCCACGCCAGAAGAAUUUUGUCAGCGUCACAAGCAGCUUGCAGUUAACACCCUGAACGGCUCUUCCCUGCAUCCACUCUGCCCAUCCAGCCCAAGCCGACCUGGGAAAGCUGCUUUGUAUCGAUCGGCAGCACGAAGCACCAGAAUCUGCACGUCCUCUGGCUACAGACCCGCCAAGUUUUUUCUGGUGCAGCCACGUUACUUGCUGUCAACCUACUAAAAGCUAUUCACCAUUUCUCCCAGAGCUGCAACUGCAUGAAUUACUUUAAAAUGAACAGCCAUCUAUAUCACUUCCAUAUGAAAGACUAGGAUAAAAGGUGUUUAAAAUAUAAACUCAAAAGCAUUACCUCAUUCUCCUUUUCUUGGAGUAAGAGGACAAUAUCACCUGGUUCCACACCGGGAGCCUGAUCUGCUUCUCCACUGAAUGUAAUUCUUUGCCCAUGUUUCAUGCCUUUGUCUACAUGGACUUCAAGUAUUUUUACCUCUUUGAUCACCUUCUUCCCUUCACAUUUUUUACAGCGGUCUUUUUCAUUAAUUACUUCACCUAAAGAAAGACAAAUUUGGAGUUCAGAGAUAUCCUUGUAAUCGCAUCCAUCUGAAUUAAAAUAAAUAAAUAAAUACAGUAUGCUGAGGAAUACACACAACACAACUAGUAAUUGAGAUGCUGCUUUAAGAAUUGCUGCCAAGAGGAAAGCCAGGCUCAAUCUACCCCAGCUGGAAGAGGGGGAAGGAAACAAA